AUGGGUGCGAGCGAUUCGAAGCUGGUCUUCAAAAAAGGCAUCUUCCGGCUUUCGGAGGAGCGAAACAUUGCGCCCGACGAUAAGUACUGGAACUCUUUCUGGGAGCUCCCAGAGUCGGCCGAAGAUAUAUUUAGCCUCUUUGCCCCGGCCGACGUGCGGCGCACUCGCGACGGUGCUCUCGAGAACCUGGGGACCCUCCUGCUCGCUGUGACAUCCCGCCUCUUCGUCCUUCGACACCACCCGUCCUUUCCCGACCCAGAGCUCGCCCCAGAGAGGGAAGCCCUGAACUGUAUCAGUGUCCUUACCCGGGUGCUCCCAUAUAUCUACGAGAAGGAGUCAUUACAACCGUGGGAGGAGACCUUCUUCUGGUCCAAGCGUCGCAAGCUCACCAGGAACGCUUCGAUUGCCAGCGAGGUGCUCUUUGACGACAACGACGGAACCGAAGGACAGCUACGGGAUCCGGCUGGCGAGUGGGAGGACGCCAAACCUCUUGCUGAGGAACUCAUCGAUACUCUUAUCGACCUGCUGUUCUUUUCCGACCUGACAGUGCCAGCGCAGCCGCAUAGCCGGCCCAAGGUCAGCUAUGCCAUUUGGCAGAGCGGCGUGGGCUGCAAUACGUCCAUCCCGACCACCAAGGAGCACGAGAGCAACCGGUGCGAGAUUUUGCGUCUCUUGUUGACGCUGGCCGGUCAGAGCCUAUACAUGACGCCCAACAUGCUACCUCAGAAGGGAACCCGUGCUCUCACCUAUGUCUGUACCUGUCCAGACAAGCAGGUUGUCCUGUCGGUGCUGUGCUCGCUACUAAAUACGACGCUCAAAUACAACCCAGCCAGCUGGCGGGUGCCCUACAAUACCCUCGUGUUCAAGGAUCCGAAGCAGAUCCUUGUCACUUACACUCUUCAGUUCCUCCUAGCCACGCUGCUCUACCCAAUACCAGAGCAGCCUGGCGUCACCACACCCAAGAACUUCUACCGCCACUUUCUUGGACGCCUGCACAGACCACAGGACUUCCAGUUCAUCGUGGACGGCAUGACACGCAUACUUAACCAGCCGCUGCAUGCAAACUCGUCAUAUAUCCCUAGCACGCACUCUUCUAACAAAUUUGCUCCUGAGAUUAUCAUGCUUUUCUGGGAAGUCACGCAGUGCAACAAACGCUUCCGGUCCUUCAUUGUUGACACGGAAAGAGCUCAUGAUUUCGUGAUUCUCAUCCUGUUCUACGCCCUUGAGUAUAAGAACGACGCAUCGAAGCAGGGGGUCGUGAGAAUGUGUGCUUUUCUCCUCCAGACCUUGGGCGUGGAGAAGAACUUCGGCUUGAAUCUGAACAAGUCAUUCGACGCCCAAGACACUCUACCACACGCAAUCCGCAUCGCUGGUUUCAAGGGCACAUAUGCCGACUUCCUCGUGCAGUCAAUCUACAGCCUCAUCACAACGAGUCAGGGGAAACUCAGCGCAAUCUACCCAGCGCUUCUCGCCGUAAUCAACAACAUUGCUCCGUAUUUCGAUGGACUGAGCGCACCCACAUGCGCCAAAACUAUGCAGCUGUUCAACUCAAUGUCGUCUCCCUCGUUUCUACUGGCCAACGAGACAAACCAUCAUCUCUUGCAAUCCUUGCUAGAGUCGAUGAAUUCGAUCGUGGAGCAUCAGUACAAGAGGAAUCCUCGUUUUAUUUUUGCGAUACUAAAAAACAGAAAACGCUUUGAAGCCCUCCGCUCCUUCACAUUAGAGACUGGCCAGGAAGAAAUCGAGAGACGGAACCGACGACAAAAGGAAUCAGGGGCCUCAAACGACCCGCUUGAACCAAGUUCGACAAGAAGCUCGGUCGAUAGUCUCCGAAGUCCUACAGCCUCUCUGUCACGGGAGUCCACGCUAGAUCACGUUCCCGAAGAGGACGGGACGUUCGCCAUUGGUGAGGACGAUGACAGCGACGACGAAGAACGCCCAACGCCGGCGCCGUCGAGUCCUAGUGAGAAUCCAUCCCGCGCAUCUUCUGUAGGAGACGACGACGUGCCCAGACAGGUGCGUGGUAUGUCGGAGAAGGCAAGAGGGAAGAUGCCAGCGGGAGCGAACAGCUUCUCCCGCCAAAACAGCAUAUCCAGCCUGGGCAGCGGUCCCGCGUCCAGCCAAUCCCAGCCCGGCGUCUUUGCGCCGUCUGCCCAGUGGAUCGAUAGUUGGCUUCCAGAAUUGCCACUGCAUACUAUCCUGACGCUAAUUCAACAGCUGACGGCCUUGAUUCCCCGUCAGGCAGCUGCAUCCGACACGGUCAUGCCUGCAACGCUGCACAAGAUUCAGGAAGUAAAGCUUGUUGGCGUCGACCCGUCGCCCAUACGCGUUCACUCGUUUGAGUGGUCGCAACUCGCGCUUGGCUGGUACGAAUCCCUGCUUUGGGGCUUCAUCUUCACUAGUGAGAUGCACGUCGCCAAGGGCACUGUCGGAAUAUGGAACACAACAUCGAUCAAGCUCUUCCGCGUGCAAGAGACGGCGCCACAGGGCCCUUCGCUGACCUCUCCCCGCGGAGCUGUUGAUGCUGUUGGAAGCAAUAUUGUGUCUCGCAUUGGAUCAAUCAACCUUCGCGGAGCCACGCCUCAAGCGCUGGCACCAUCACCGGCCCCGGCUGGAAGAGGGCAUACCCUCCCGCGCAAUGCCUAA